AUGUCGUCCGGCGACGAUGAGCGCGCCUCCAGGCUCCACCACCGGGAACAGGACCGCGACCACUCCUCCUCGCGCCGCCGCCACGACAAGGACCGCGACCACUCCUCCUCCCGCCACCACAGGGACGGCGAGCGGGAGCGGGAGCGCGAUCGCGAUCGCGACCGCCAUCACAGAGACAAGGAGCGGGAUCGGGAGGAGCGCAAGGCGCUGGAGCGAGCGGAGAAGGAGCGCGAGAAGGAGAGGGAGAGGGAGAGGCAGCGUCGCGAGGAGCGCCACAGGGAGAAGAAAUCGAGGAGGCGGGAUGAGUUCGAUGAUGAGGAGAACGAAGACCGUGAACGCGAUCGCAAGAGCCGCCGCCGGUCCUCGCACCACCACCACCGCGAUCCGGAGCCGGAGGCAGCGCUGCCUACCAGGGACGGGGAGGAGGCGGAGAGGCAGCGGAAGAAGAAGAAGGAGGAAGACGUGGAGGCUGAGCAGCGGCGGCAGAAGAAGAAGAUGGAGGAAGACGAGGCCGAGCAGCGGCGGCAGAAAAAGAAGAUGGAGGAAGACGAGGCCGAGCAGAUGCGGCAGAAGAAGAAGAUGGAGGAAGACAUUGAGGCCGAGCAGCAGCGGCUCGAGGACGAGAUGGAGCGGCGCCGGCGCCGCGUUAGGGAGUGGCAGGAGAAGAAGCGCCGCGAGCAGCAAGAGGACGGUGCCGGUAGUGCUGUGGCUGAUGGCGCCGGCAAGUCCGGUAUGAAGUGGAGCUUGGACGGCGAGGAGUCGGAUGACGAUGGCGGCGCCGGGACAGGUGCCAUGGACGUCGACUUGCCGAACGGAGGAACUAGCAGUGCUGGCAUGGAGGAGGACGAGAUUGACCCCCUCGAUGCGUUCAUGAACUCGAUACAGAUGCCGCCGGCGACAACAUCGAUGGAGAGCGUGAUUGCUUACGGGGACUAUCAUGAAGGCGGCAUGGUCUCCAACGAUGCAGCACCAACGGGGAGAAUCAUGCAAGGGGAUGAAUCUGACUCAGAUUACAACGACGACCCUGAGGGUGAAUCAGAUGGCGCGGAGGAGCUGAUAAACCCUGUUAUCAAGAAGACCAAGGCGGAGAAGCUGGUCACCGCCGACCACUCCAAGAUCGACUACCAGCCAUUCCGGAAGAACUUCUACACGGAGGCCAAGGACAUCAAGGAGAUGCCGGCCGAGGACGCCGCCGCCUACCGCGAGCAGCUGGACCUCAAGGUGCGCGGCAAAGGCAUCCCCAAGCCGAUAAAGACGUGGAUCCAGAGCGGCCUGACCAGCAAGCUGCUCGGCACCAUUAAAAAGCUUGGAUUCGACAAGCCGAUGGCGAUCCAGGCGCAGGCACUGCCGGUGAUAAUGAGCGGACGCGACUGCAUCGGCGUCGCCAAGACCGGGUCCGGCAAGACCCUGGCGUUCGUCCUGCCCAUGCUGCGCCACGUCAAGGACCAGCCGCCCGCCGCGCCCGGGGACGGCCCCAUCGGGCUCGUCAUGGCGCCCACCAGAGAGCUUGUGGUGCAGAUAUACUCAGACAUCAAGAAGUUCUCCAAGGCGUUCGGCGUCAACUGCGUCGCCGUGUACGGGGGCUGCGCCGUCGCCCAGCAGAUCAGCGAGCUCAAGCGCGGCGCCGAGAUCGUCGUGUGCACGCCGGGCAGGAUGAUAGACAUCCUCUGCACCAGCGCUGGCAAGAUCACCAACCUCCGGCGAGUGACCUACCUGGUGCUAGACGAGGCCGACAGGAUGUUCGACAUGGGCUUCGAGCCCCAGAUCACCCGGAUCGUCCAGAACACCCGGCCGGACCGGCAGACGGUGCUCUUCUCCGCCACCUUCCCGCGGCAGGUGGAGACGCUGGCGCGCAGGGUGCUGGCCAAGCCCGUGGAGAUCCAGAUGGGCGGGCGGAGCGUGGUGAACAGGGACAUCACGCAGCUGGUCGAGGUGCGGCCGGACGGCGAGAGGUUCCUCAGGCUGCUGGAGCUGCUCGGGGAGUGGUCUGCCAAGGGCAAGAUCCUCGUGUUCGUGCGCGCGCAGGACAAGUGCGAUUCCCUGCUCAAGGAGCUGUUCCAGCACGGGUACCCCUGCCUCUCUCUCCACGGCGGAAAGGAUCAGAACGACCGUGAGUCGACCCUCGCCGACUUCAAGAGCAACGUCUGCAGCCUGCUGAUCGCCACCAGUAUCGCCGCGAGAGGCUUGGAUGUCAAAGAUCUCGAGCUUGUUGUCAAUUACGAUGUCACCAAUCACUACGAGGACUAUGUUCAUCGUGUUGGGCGGACCGGCCGGGCCGGCAGGAAGGGCUGCGCCGUGACGUUCAUCUCCGACGAGGAGGAGCGCUACGCGCCGGACCUCGUCAAGGCUCUGGAGCUGUCCGGACAGGCCGUGCCGGAGGACCUGAAAGCCCUGGCGGACCGGUUCAUGGCCAAGGUGAAGCAGGGGACGGAGAAGGCACAUGGAACAGGCUACGGUGGAAGUGGUUACAAGUUCGAUCACGAGGAGGACGAAGCACGACAGUCGGCAAGGAGGGCCCAGGGGAGGGCGCAUGGGUACGAGGAGGACGAGCCGGAGCCGGAUUUAGACCACUACGAGGAGGAGGAAGACGGAGGCGCCGCCGCUCUGGCCGCACCACCCACCAUGGCUGCUCCUGCUAGCAAUGCCGGCCAGCCAGCAUUGCUCCCUCCACCGGCUGCGGCGACACAGCAGAACAUCGCCGCUGCUGCAGUGAACGUGCAGAGCGUUCUGGCCAGGAUACAGGCGCAGGCAGCUCCGGAGCACUACCAAGCCGAGCUCGAGAUCAACGACUUCCCACAGCACGCGCGCUGGAAGGUCACCCGGAGGGAGACGCUGGCGCCCAUCGAGGAGUGGACCGGCGCGGCGGUCACCACCAGGGGCACCUUCAUCCCCCCCGGCCAGAUCGUCGGCACCAACGAGCGCAAGCUCUACCUGUACAUCGAGGGCCCCAACGAGUCCUCCGUCAGCAAGGCCAAGGCACAGCUGAAGAGUGUCGUUGAGGAUUGCGCCAACCAGGCGCUCAAUCUGCCCGCCGGAAAAUACUCCGUCAUCUGA